CUCCUGAACAAACCCAAGAGCGAGAUGACGCCGGAGGAGCUGCAGAAGCGCGAGGAGGAGGAGUUCAACACCGGGCCGCUGUCGGUGCUGACGCAGUCGGUGAAGAACAACACGCAGGUGCUGAUCAACUGCCGCAACAACAAGAAGCUGCUGGGCCGCGUCAAGGCCUUCGACAGGCACUGCAAUAUGGUCCUGGAGAACGUGAAGGAGAUGUGGACGGAGGUCCCGAAAAGCGGCAAAGGCAAAAAGAAAUCCAAACCGGUGAACAAAGACCGCUACAUCUCCAAAAUGUUCCUGCGGGGGGACUCCGUCAUCGUCGUCCUCCGCAACCCCCUCAUCGCUGGCAAAUAGGGACCCCUCCCCCCCAAAAUAACACCCCCCUCUCCUUCCCCCGACCCCUUUUGGACCCUCAGUGUUUCAGGAGGGUCCUCCCCCAGUCUCAUACUGGGAGCCUCGGUCUCAUACUGGGAGCCCUGACUUCAUACUGGGGUCGAGGAUCCCCCCUCUGAGCCACCCCCCCAAAAGUAACACCAGGACCCCCCCCCCCCCACCCCACCCCAUCUGGGAUCCCAUGGAACCCCCAGCAUACCAUCAGGACCCCCCCCAGCCUGAUAAUUGGGAGCUUUGAUUUCAUCCUGGGAUCCAGGACCCCCCCCCCCAGACUUCAGGAUGGGAUCCCCCCCAAAAAAAAUAACACCAGGACCCCCCCCCAUCCCAACUGGGAUCCCAUGGGACCCCCAGCACUUCAGGAGGACCCCCCAGUCUCAUACUGGGACCCCCUCUGAGACUCCCCCCAGUCUCAUAGUGGGCCCUUUGCCCCCCCCAGUCUCAUACUGGGAGCCCCAGCUUCAUACUGGGAGCCCAUAGCACCCCCUCUGAAACCCCCCCCCCCCAAUCUCAUACUGCGACCCCCGCGAACCCCCCCAGGGGUCUACAGGAGGAUGCUUGGGGGGGGGACUCACUCGGAGGUCCCCCCCCGCCCCCCCAAAUCGAAAAGAAGUCAAUAAAAAAAGGUUCGUUCUCCUUUAA